AUGUAUAAACAAAAGAAAACUCUUUUCUUCCAUUCGUGGACUCUUUCUUCAACUCCUGGAGCGAUAAAUCUACUAGUAAUCCUACUUCUCUCCAUCGUUUCAGAUUUUGGCGUUGUCUCCUGCACGGUGGAGGAGACAGGCCGUGAGAUCAUUGAUGCAUUGGCUCAUGCAACUUUUGAAGAAUGGUCAUCGGAUUUCUUAGAAACCAAUGACCGGGUCCGUGCCGAGGUUAUCCCAUCCACACUCUUCAUCCCAAACUCUUCCACCAACCGGAGCGUUGAUAGAGAGAAGGUGGCUGCAUAUCACAUUGUGCCUGAGAGGCUUGAGUUUGCGGAUCUUGUCUCGAAGGCAAGUCGAUCGAGACUACCCACUCUUCUCAACGGCUCCUCCAUUCUGAUAACCAACAAUUCUGACUCUUAUUUUACGGUCGACGGCGUUCUCGUCAUCGAAUCUGACAUCUUCGUGGAUUCCUUUAUUGCUAUCCACCGCAUUGCAAGUCCACUUGAUUACACAACUUACGGCGGCAGAUCUAAGCUUAAAUCGAAAUGGCCACUCUUUACCUUUAUGCUUGUUACGGUUGUGGUUCAUUUCAUUUAG